CUUUUGUGACAGCUGUUCCUCGCUGAUGGGGAAAAGCUUGGAGCUGAGGAAAGCACUCUCACUCCUGGAGAGACAGCGCUCACAUGAGCCUCUGAAGCUUAUUCUCUCCUUAGAUUUCACCCUGGAUUUUUCAAAAGCCUGCUGUCACAGUAGCUUUUUUUUUGUUUUGUCUUGUAAUUUCUUUGCGCUGGAACAGAGCAGUACACCUCAAGGCUGAAUCUGUUCCUUUGCACUUGAAGGUGGAGGUAAGGCAGAGGCAGUAUGGGUAGGUGUGAGUUUGUUUCAGCUGAGGAUAUUACCUCAUAGAGGAUAAGCUGUGAUUGAAGAGGUCUGACAGAGGUCUCUCCCUCUGACUCCAUUACUCGCCUCUUAUCUGGACAGAUUUUCUGUUUCAGUUCAGAGGGGAAGUUUUGACAGCCAGGCUUUACAGCCUUCUCUCCACUCUGUCACUCCUGACAGAGAGAAAGAGAGAGAAAGAGAGAGAGUUUGUAUGUGUGGAGAGGUGGUGACUUCAUUCCCUCUCUUAACCAACCCUCCUCUUUCCCCCUCCUUUUUUUGACCUUUUUUUUUCUUUUUUCGCACAGCACAGUAAGGCAGCAUGCCAGCAGUUUUCAUCUUGCUGCGGUCCCUGGUUAUCAGGCUCCUCAGUAGCAGACUGGCAGGCUCAGUGGCACAGUUCCUCAGGAGAAGCCUCUCUACAGGCGCUGCCCACCUUGGCACAGCCCUGCGCCACGUCUGGGACCGCAUUCGAUCCCAGGAGUCCAAGGAAGCUGUCCUGGGCUGUGUGCUGUGCAUUCUCAAUAUGCACAAGAAGGUGGAGAACUGAGCUCUCCCUCCACUUUCUGUUCAACCCUCCACUUGCUUGCUUAACAGAGGCUGGGCAAACAGAACUGGUGAG